GUGGAGAAGAUCAACACCAUCCUGAAGGCUGCCAGUGUCAAUGUUGAGCCCUACUGGCCUGGUCUUUUUGCCAAGGCUGUAUCUGGCCUUGACAUCAAGGCUCUUGUUGCCAACGUUGGCUCUGGUGUAGGAAGUGGUGGUGGUGGCGGUGGUGGUGCUGCCCCUGCAGCUGCUGCUGCUUCCAGUGCACCUGCUGCCGAAGCCAAGAAGGAAGAGAAGGAAGAAGAGGCUGAGGAAUCUGAUGACGACAUGGGCUUCAGUCUCUUCGGUUAAAUCCAUAUUUUCCAAUAAAAUCUGGAAUGUA